AUGGCAUCCUUCUUCAGCCCGUUCUCGCGUUCUCGGGCUGGAAAUGCGUGGUUUCCAGUCGGCCUGGCCUCCUCCUUUCCAAACAUCACAGGCGAUGAUGGUGCGCUGAUAAGAGACAUGCGCCCCUGUGCUCAUGACGACGAGCAGCGGUCUUCCUGCAGGAUUUUUCAUGUCCCCAAGGAGGACAGUUCCAAGGCCACCGAGGUGCCUCUCAGCGACCCGGGGUCACCACCAGAGGCUGGAGGGCUACAGGACCAGGUUAUGGUGUUCCAGUACAAGGGCAAAUUCCAUGCCAUCAAUCAUGAAUGCCCUCACUCGUCGUACCCGCUGUCCAACGGGGCGCCUUUCGACAUUGAGGAUUUUGGUAUCGUCUGGAGCUCGGGGAUCACCUGUCCCAAGCACGGGUGGUCGUUUGACCUGAGCAGCGGCCGGGGCGAUCGUGGUAACUACAAGCUUCAAAUAUGGGAGAUCGAGCUGCGGCCCGUGACGGAACCGGGCAGUGACGCCGUGGCGGACGGGGAGAGCGGCCAGGAGGUCUGGGUGAGAAGGAAGCAAAGAAUGGGAUGA